AUGGAGACCAAUCAGGAAACUUCCCUCUUCUUGGUGAAGAUCUUGGAGGAACUGGACAGCAAGCAAAAUACCGUUUCCUACCAGGACCUGUGCAAAUCCCUGUGCGCCCGCUUUGAUCUGUCCCAGCUCUCCAAACUGAGAAGCGUGCUCUUCUACACGGCUUGUCUCGAUCCCAAUUUUCCAGCCACGUUAUUCAAAGACAAGAUGAAAUGCACCGUGAACAACCAGCAAUCGAAGAAAAUCAUGGUGGCGGCAGAUAUCGUGACGAUCUUCAACCUCAUCCAGAUGAACGGGGCUACGGCCAAGGAGAAGCUCCCCAGCGGCCGGCAGAAGAUGUGCAAGAAGGAGGCGUCCUUUGACUCGGGCCGCUUGGACACGGAGCUCUGCACCGCGGCCGAGUGUGAGUCCCUCAGCUGCGAGCUGAGUGACCAGCCUUUCAGCCGGGGCUACCCCACCCGCCAGUCUUCCAAGUGCCGCAAGAUGGAUUGCAAGGACUGCCCGCAGUUUGUACUUGCCUCCGAGCCCAACUUCCUGCUGGGGGUCAGCAAAGAUGUGAAGAACCGGGCGGCUUCCCUGGACAGGCUGCAGGCUCUGGCCCCGUACUCGGUGGCCAGCCCUCAGCCCUGCGAGAUGCAGAGAACCUACUUCCCCAUGAACAUCGAGAGCGAGUCCAUGUCCGAUCAGGACUCCCUGCCCCUCACCCAGGGCAUCAAGGAGACUUUCAUUUCUAACGAGGAGGCCUUCGUGGUCCAGUCCUGUGUCCAGAAAAGGAACAUCUUCAAAGAGGACUUUCACAACCUGAUGACUGUGUCCCCCGGGUUGGCCAGCCCCGCUAACAAGGCUGAGGGCGAGCACGGGAAACCCCAGGGCCGAAAGGAGUCCCACAAGACCCCCUUCCCCAAUCACAGCUUUGAGAUGCCCUACAACAGCCAGUACCUGAAUCCCGAGUACUCCCCUGUUCCUGACAAAAGGCGGGCAAAGCACGAAAGCUUAGAUGACCUUCAAGCCUCCACGUAUUUUGGACCCACUCCAGUGAUGGGGACCCAGGAGGCCAGGCGCUGUCCGGGGAGGCCGGGCAAGCAGACCCCCUGGCCGGCCAAAAGCUGGAGCCUAAACACCGAAGAAGUUCCUGACUUUGAACGGUCCUUUUUCAAUAGAAAUCCCUCCGAGGAGAAGCUCCGCUAUCCAAAUCCCAGCAGCCAGACCCCCAACUUCCCAACCCCAGACAGGCGCCCAGCUUACCUCAUGCCGCAGGAGCAACAGCCAAUUCUCCCCGUCGGCUACGCGGCCAAGCCAAACGGGCUCAAAUCUAAAGAGAUCUCGUCCCCCGUUGACCUGGAGAAUCAUGAACCGGUCAAAAAGUUUAAAGACAAGAGCAUUAGCUGCACCAGCAGGCAGCUCAGCUCAGACACCAGUAGCGUGGGCACCCAGACCGAGCAGCAUGUCCUGGAGCCCAAGAAAUGCAAAGACUCGUGUGCCUCUGGGCAGGGCAAGUACAGUGACAGGCACGCCAUGAAGCAGUCAGAUGAUGACUCGGAAGUUGUCAGUGAUGACAUCAGUGACAUUUUCCGAUUUCUUGACGACAUGAGCAUCAGUGGCUCGACGGGAGUGAUACAGUCAUCCUGCUACAACAGCACAGGAUCUUUGUCUCAGCUUCACAAGUCAGACUGUGACAGUUCACCAGAGCACAACCUAACCAAAAUCGCCAACGGGCUCCCCAGCAGCAAAGGAGAAAAGGGCAACCGGCCUGAAAACAGCCACCACUCGGAAGAGGCGUUGAAGACCAGCGUGUGCAAACUGGUGCUCAGGAUCGGUGAAAUUGAACGGAAGCUUGAAUCGCUGUCGGGUGUCCGCGAGGAGAUCUCCCAGGUCCUGGGCAAGCUCAAUAAACUGGAUGAGAAGAUACAGCAGCCCGAGAAGGUGAGUGUGCAGAUAGAUCUGAAUUCCUUGACCAGCGAGGCUCCGUCCGAUGAGAGCGCCUCUCCCCGGAUGUUCCGUGCACACAAUGGCUCCCACGGGCCCAAACUGGAGAACUCGGCUGACUGGUGCUGCUCAGACGCCAGCGGAAGCAACAGCGAAAGCCUUCGUGUCAAGGCGUUAAAAAAAAGCCUCUUCACCAGGCCAUCCUCCAGGUCCCUGACGGAGGAGAACAGCGCCACAGAAUCCAAAAUCGCCAGCAUCUCCAAUUCGCCCAGGGACUGGCGCACCAUCACUUACACCAGCCGUGUGGGCGUCGGAGAGGAGGAUGUCAAAGACAGAGGCCCUGGGGAGAGUAAGGACUGGCAUCGAAAAUCUAAAGAGGCAGACAGGCAGUAUGACAUGCCCCCGCAGCACCGACUGCCCAAGCAGCCCAAAGAUGGCUUCCUGGUGGAGCAGGUGUUCAGCCCUCACCCCUACCCCGCCUCCCUCAAGGCCCACAUGAAGAACAACCCUCUGUACACAGACAUGCGGCUGACGGAGCUGGCGGAGGUGAAGCGGGGCCAGCCUUCCUGGACCAUCGAGGAGUAUUCUCGCAACGCGGGCGAGAAGGGCAAGCUGACAGCCCUGGACCUGCAGACUCAAGAAUCUUUAAACCCAAACAACUUAGAAUACUGGAUGGAAGAUAUUUAUACUCCAGGCUACGACUCAUUACUAAAAAGGAAAGAAGCCGAGUUCAGACGAGCCAAGGUCUGCAAGAUCGCUGCUCUGAUCGCUGCAGCCACGUGCACAGUCAUUCUGGUCAUCGUCGUGCCCAUCUGCACAAUGAAAUCAUGA